UUUAGCAAAACAAAAAUGAAGAGUUUGUUGUUUUGUGUUGUGUUCUUGGAGCUUGUCUGGUUUGGUUAUGGCCAUGACCAAUCUAGAAACCAUCAUCCCCUUGCUCCAGCGUUCUUCAUCUUUGGAGAUUCUUUAGUUGACAGUGGAAACAACAAUUACAUUCCCACUCUAGCAAAAGCUAACUAUCUCCCAUAUGGAAUUGAUUUUGGCUUCCCCACUGGCCGUUUCUGCAAUGGCCGUACAGUUGUUGAUUAUGGAGCAAUGUACCUCGGUUUGCCAUUGGUGCCACCAUAUCUAUCUCCAGUAUCAAUUGGGGGAAACGUCUUGAAAGGGCUUAACUAUGCAUCUGCAGCAGCUGGGAUUUUAGACGAAACUGGUCAACACUAUGGAGCAAGAACUACACUCAAUGGACAGAUAUCACAGUUUGAGAUGACUAUCCAGCUACAGCUCCAGCCAUUCUUUCAAAACCCUGCAGACCUUAGAAAGUAUCUUGCGAAAUCGAUAAUUGCGAUUAAUAUAGGAAGCAAUGAUUACAUCAACAACUACCUUAUGCCUGAUAGAUACUCAAGCAGCCAAAUCUACGGUGGAAAGGAGUAUGCAACUCUCCUGAUCAAGACUCUCUCAGCUCAAAUAUCAAGACUAUACAACUUAGGUGCAAGAAAAAUGGUGUUAGCUGGAUCAGGACCAUUAGGUUGCAUACCGAGUCAGUUAUCUAUGGUAAAGGGCAAGAACAGCAGCGGGUGUGUGACAAAGAUCAACAAUUUGAUUUCAUUGUUCAAUAGCCGACUGAAAGAUCUACCAAACACUCUCAACAAAACUCUUCCAGGAUCUUUAUUUAUCUAUCAGAACUUCUAUGCUCUCUUUCAUGACAUGGUUGUGAAUCCCUCUAGAUAUGGUCUUGUUGUACCAGACAAAGCAUGCUGUGGUGGUGGAAGAUAUGGAGGAGCGUUAACAUGCCUUCCGUUGCAGCAACCGUGCAUGGAUAGGCAUCACUAUGUCUUCUGGGAUGCAUUUCAUCCAACAGAGAUUGCCAACAAAAUCAUAGCUAAGAAUACAUUCAGCAAGUCUACCAAAUACUCUUACCCUAUCAGUUUCUAUGAGCUGGCUAAGCUGUGAGGAUUGUGUCUCAAAGCUAGUGAGAAGGUUUUUAAGAUGGGAUUUGUAUGUAACAAUUGCCCUAAAUCUUCGAGAUAAUAAUCUAUGUUCCAAUAUUAUAAGUUAAAACCUUUCUUUCUAAAA